GUUCCUGGCAGUAAUCUCGUGCAAAUUGGAAUUGAUUUAAGUGAAUUUUACUUAUCCGUCGAAUGGGACAUACUCGAAGUUCCUGCAACUAAGAAUGAGGAAUAUUAUCCAGACACUUUGGAACCAUUUUCUGAUAUUACAUUUAAGCUUACCAUGCGUCGCAAAACACUUUUCUACACCGUUAAUUUAAUUGUACCAUGUGUAGCAUUGACAUUUCUCACGGUGUUGGUAUUUUAUUUACCCAGCGAUUCUGGCGAAAAGGUUACGUUAUGUAUUUCAAUUCUUGUCUCGUUGACUGUGUUCUUCUUGCUGUUGGCCGAAAUUAUUCCGCCAACAUCACUGGCAGUACCGUUGCUAGGCAAAUAUCUACUAUUUACAAUGAUCCUGGUCUCGUUGUCCGUAUGGACAACGGUAUGCGUAUUAAAUUUACACUUUAGAUCACCGUCAACUCAUAAUAUGUCGCCACUGGUACGUAAACUAUUUUUACAUUUUAUGCCGAAAUUGAUGAUGAUGCGUCGCACUCAAUAUACAUUGCCCGACUAUGAUGAUUCGACGCCCAGCAAUGGCUACACCAAUGAAAUUGAUGUGCGCAGCGAUAGUAUUAGUGACUUUCCCAGCGAGUUCAAGGACAGCCAAGAGGGACCCUAUGAUAAUGGCGUGCAACAAUCGAUUGAUUCGGACAAUGUGAUACCGCGCAAUUUGACACCUGAAGUGCUGCAGGCAUUACGUGCGGUGCGUUUUAUUGCACAGCACAUUAAGGAUGCCGACAAGGAUAAUGAGAUCGUCGAAGAUUGGAAAUUCGUCUCGAUGGUGUUGGAUCGAUUCUUCCUUUGGACAUUUACGCUCUCGUGUGUCUUCGGCACGUUCGCUAUAAUCUGUCAGUCGCCAUCAUUAUAUGAUACUCGUCAACCGAUCGAUCGACAGCUCAGCGAAAUACCAUUGAGGAAGAAUAAUUUUAUGUUGCCGCCAGAUAUUGUGCGCCAAAUUGUUACUUAAUGCGCUUUUGUUCUAAGAAAAAUAAAGUACAGUUUGUCAAAGUAUCAAGUACUUAGUAUGUAAGUGCAGUAAACAGAAAUAUAUUGAAAUGUAAAAGCCAUAAAAGAUGUUGGUUUAAGUUCAGAUCGAGAAGGUCAAAAGAACUUGUAACUGAAUAAAUCACAUACACAAACAACAAAACAA